CGGGCACCAUCACGCGGAUUCGCCUGCUUGAUUGGGCGGAAACCUUGGGUCGGAAACUGAGGUAUGUUAGGUCGGAAACUUAGGUACCUACCUAUCUUGGGUGGGAAAACCCCUCGCUUACUCGCCAGCAAACCGGAGUAUUGAGCGGCGAAGGCUUGCUUCUGUCCCAGCGUUGCUCUACACACUUCCCCGUAUUGCGAAGCCCUUUCCCACUCGGCUUCCACGGUCCAGGUCAGCAACGAAAAAAGAGGGGGAAACCGCGGCACCGACAACAUGGAUUUCGAAUACAACCCCACAAAGAUAUGGUCGACGCUGCUCACUAAUCGUGGUUAUUUUGGCGGAGCACUAGUUCUCAACCACACGCUACGUAAGACAGGCUCCCGAUACCAGCUCAAGAUUAUGGUAACGCGCGAGGUCGAAGCCGACACCGAGUUCAUGGAGGCGUUUGCCGCCGCCGGCAUCCCCACCAUCGUCGUCGACAAGAUUGAGCCUGCCCCGCGGGACGGCAAGGUCAACAAGGGAACCUGGGAGAAGCUCGCUCCCUGGGGGAUGACCGAGUACGAGCGAAUCGUCCUCCUGGACUCGGACCAGAUCAUCCUCCAGAACAUUGAUGACAUGAUGACCAUGGACCUCCCGAGCGGGUUCAUCGCAGCAGCCCACGCCUGCACCUGCAACCCGCGGAAGGUGGCGCAUUAUAGCAAGGACUGGAUUCCAGAGAACUGCGGGUUCGCCGCCGCGGAUAAGGAGACGGGCGAGCCCGGGCCCAUCACCGAGCAGAGCCCAAAGAACCACCAUCUGCUCAACAGCGGCACCGUCAUCCUGCAGCCGUCCAAGGCGGCGUACGACGCGCUCAUUGACGCGAUGAACACGCAUCCGGACGUGCCCAAGAUGAUGUUCUUCGACCAGGACCUGCUCGCCAUCGUGUACCGCAACAAGUGGAAGCCGCUGCCGUACACGUACAACGCGCUCAAGCCCAUGCGGUCGUGCCAUAGUGACCUAUGGAAGGAUAACGACGUCAAGAUUCUGCACUACAUCCUCGCCAAGCCGUGGAAGAGCAGGACGUACGGCGACGACGUGAUUGAGUCGACCCAUAAGCUCUGGUGGGACUACUACGCCGAGGUGGAGGAGCAGUGGACAAAGAGCCCGGACGCCGAUAAGCGCAGGCUAUGGGAGAAUGUCGUGGUCCCUGUCGUGGCGCAGGAAUGAAGUUGAGAGUAGGAUGGUUGAUGAGGGGUGGCUGGUAUUGGAAUGGACAUUAGGUAGUCUUGUUAUAAAGGACAAUAAAUAUUGCGCUGAACCACUUGGAAAGUAUUAUUCUAUUUCUUUUCCUCUUUUUCUUUUCUUCCUUUUUAUCUGAUUCCCGGUUAUUUUACUUCCUUUUUUCGUUUUUUCUUAGUUCAUUGCUUUUAGCGUUCCCUUCUUCUUCGUUUCUCUUGUUCUCGUUCUCGUUCUCGUUUUCUUCUUGUUUAUUAUUUUCUUUUUCCCCUUUCUUUUUUCGUUUAGUUAAUAUUAUUUAGUUGACUAUUUUACUCGAUUUCUGCUAAUUAUCAUGCACGUCUCUCUCUGCCUUGCCAGCCCAACCUGACGUGUCCCGGUGCCGCGCCUGCCA